AUGCACCCCAAGCUUUCCAUCGCACCAAUGCGUACCUUGCAUAUUCAGCAACAAUGGAUCAGGCCACGUUUGACAGCUCCUACCCUCCUUCAAGUCCGCUUCGCUACAAGUGGACCUGUCCCUCGGGAUGCCAACUCAGUUAUUCAAAAUGCAGCUGAGGAGAUGAAGAAUAUGUCUAGUGAUCUUGCGAAGACAAUCGCGGGGAAUAGGAUCGAUACGACCUCAAAGGACCCUUCGGUUGUGAAGAGAGAGGCGGUUUCAGGGAAAGCCCGUGUAGUUCAAGACUUUGUCGGCAUCACUACAGCGAUCGCUUCGGAAGUCCCUAAGCACAUUUUAUAUGCUGGUCUCGCUGGUACACUUCCAUAUUUGGGAACGACGUUCUCCACGCUGUAUUGUGCUCGAACGGCUGGCCUCGUUCCAGAUCAAGUAACCAUCGCUUUAUUGGAAUCUUCGACACACAUUCAGGUCACGUAUGGUGCAGUUAUCCUCAGUUUCCUUGGUGCCUUGCAUUGGGGAAUGGAAUUUGCUGGUUACGGGGGGUACAUGGGAUAUAAGCGUCUAGUUUUUGGAGUCACACCGUUGCUUGCUGCAUGGCCUACGCUUGCGAUGGAACCACACACGGCUCUUGUCGUUCAGUGGUUCACCUUCACGACUCUUUGGUACGCUGAUAUGAAAGCAACCGAAGUCGGUUGGGCGCCACGUUGGUAUUCUCAAUACAGAUUUUACCUUUCUAUCCUCGUUGGAUCCUGCAUCAUCGCCACUCUCCUUGGAAUCAACUACUUUGGCCCUACCACACAAGAUAUCAUCGAGCAUAACCUACCUGACUUGGGUGGUGUCGGGAGCGCCGUUGCGUUGAUAAAUCGUGACACAGUCAGCAAGCGAAGAGCCUAUGAAAUUCAGGAGUUCACGAUUGGUCCUGAUGUCCCUGUUACAGUGGAGGAUGGUACCGCAUCGGAUGCUGAUGCAUACCUUAUUGUUAAAGCUGGGGAGAAAGAGGAAAUCUUGACUGGGGACAAUGAAGAGAGUGGUGCGCCGGAGGAGAAUACCCAGAAUCAACAAGAAUCGGAGUAG